CUAUAUUGGAUUUGUGUUGGAUUUUAGAAAUAGCGCAUUUACUUGUUGACUUUCAAAAUGAAUUUUACUAUAUUGAAUUUAUGGGUUAUAUGAUGAGUUUACCUUCUUAUCCUUCUUCUUAUCUUUAAUAAAGUAUUUUUGUUUUUUUGUUAAGGACAUUUUGAUCAUUUCAUAAUUAGUGGGGUCCACGGAUUUUGGCACCUCUCAAAAUCUUACCUAAUGAGGUGGGAUUUUAUAAUCUGUGAGGUCCACGACUUUUGAAGCAAACAAAAUUCCCACAUUUGUAGGCCCAUGGAUUUAUGUCAAUCUCAUUUUUAUCAACAAACAUGGAUUUGGACAAUACUCCAACCCUUAUGGGAUUUUGGGCAUAGUCCCUCAUAAAUAUCCUAUAAGCAAACGACCUUUACAUACAUAUCAAAAUCACUGAUAUAGUGAUACUAUCGUUUGUGCAAAGUAAUAGUUGGAAAUAUGGUUUACUUAACCGUGAACACAUUCUUCAUUCUUGAUGUCACGAAAAAUCACGUUUGCCUUUAGAUUUUUAUUAAAUUUAAAGUCCACGUUGCAUUGGGCGAGUUUCAUAACCCACACGCUCUAUCAACUUCACACAUUCUAGAUUAUAAACUCUCUUUAAACUUAUCAAAUACAACUCGACAAACUCACCCGGAAUCCGAACAGUUGCGAGCCAUUGAACCAAAAAAUACUUCUUAUGCUCCACAAUGAUAGAACUUGAAAUAUUAAUUUAGUUCGCUUUUUAGUCUGGAUCUAUUUGCAACUUGAUAGUAAAGCGAUGUAAUGAGUUACCAAAUAGAUUAAAUUUGAUAAAUCACCAACAUUAUUACAUUGGAUAGUGGAUCAUGCAACAUUGCUCCAUGGUUUAUUGCUCUCUAGUCUCUUCUAAGCUCUAACACCUAUUAUGCCUUGUGGUACAGGUAACACAAAGUUUGCUUAUCUAAAUAUUUGGCAGAUCGAUAUGGUACAGAUUUGGCAUCAUAUAUUUUGUCCAGUUAGAUAUCUGAUAUGGCGAUGGCGUAAACAGUAAAAAGAUGAGAAAGGCGAUAAGAGGAGAGCAAUUAAGUUGUCAAGAAGAUCCAUAGUGCCCCUACACAAACGGACGAUCCGAAGAACAACACAAACAAACCAUCUCUCCCAAUCCCUCUCCAACUACUCCCGAGCAACGAGUUCUUCUUCCUCGCUUUCCUUCUCUUUGCAAAGAAUCAAAUCGACUUUUGUGAUUAUUAUUAAUUUGAAAGCAGUGGGAAGAAUGCUCGUCUGGGUAAAGCAAAGUUAAAAAAAUUUACAAGAGAAAAAGUUGCUCUCUGUUUUAACCAUUUCCAUUUCUCUCUGUGUCAGCAAUCAGAAAAUUGUUUGCAGCUGGUUUUUGUUUUUUUUCCGGCUCUGUCCUUCCCUUCCCUUCCCUUCCCUUCAGCUCUCUUCAUAAAGACGAUCUCUCUCUCUCAACUCAAGAGGGUUUUUCGUUUGUCCUCCCCUCAGCGGUUCUGCUGUCGUGUUUUAUCUUUGGGAAUCGUUUAGAUAAGGCAAAGGUAAGAGUAAGCUCCUCAAUCUUCAACAACUCUUGAAUUGCUUUGAUCUAUUGCGUCAUUUCUUUCCUUCCUGGGUUCUUGAGGUUCUUCCAUUUCUGAUGUAAAAAUCGUUCCUUUUGGUUGAUCAAUCACCAGGAGAGAGUCACUAAAGAAAGGGGGUUUCUUUUGAUACCAGGGGAAAAAAGCCGGGUGCUUGGUGAUCAUGGCGAUUGUUGCUGAGAAUGCUGUGCCCAAAAACGGGGUCACCACUCAGAAUUUCGACACUAGUGAAGUGUCAUCGGACCCAAAGGAAACUAAUCACCUCGAGAACACCAAACCCGUGGACGAAUCUUUGGUGAUCAACAGUAGAGACAUGAAUUCUCACUCUGAGAACGGUGAUCGUGUGGUUGGUGACGACAAGUACGACCAGCCACCGCGCGUGAAUGGGACAACGGCUGCUGCUGGUUCAAGGACGGGCGAGAACGGCGGGACCCAGAUGCCGAAUGGGUUCGAUAGCAGUCAGCAACAGCCGUCGAUGAUGGCGGUGGCGCAGUCUGGUGGUGGGUUUGGAGGUGGUGGUGCCAAUCAGAUGAAUUUUGCUAAAGCUAAUGGUGCUAAUGAUAUGAGUGAGCUAGUGGAGAUGCUGUCCAACUUGAAUCCCAUGGCUCAAGAGUUUGUGCCUCCUUCUCUAGCUAACAAUCAUGGCUUUUGGGGGAACGGCUUUGGGUAUGCUAACAAUUUUGGAAUGCUUAAUCCUAUUGGGAAUGACAAUGGAAAUACUAAAAGGAAGAACAAUUUUAAUCAGGGAAGGAGAAGAACCAACAGUAGGAGAAAUAUGGCUCAGCGUGAGGAGGUAAUCAGGAGGACAGUAUAUGUGUCUGAUAUUGACCAACAGGUUACUGAAGAGCAGCUCGCGGGUCUAUUUUUGCACUGUGGACAAGUUGUUGAUUGUCGUAUAUGCGGUGAUCCUAAUUCUGUUCUUCGAUUCGCUUUCAUCGAAUUUACUGAUGAAGAAGGUGCAAGGAUUGCUCUAAAUUUGUCUGGGACUGUGCUUGGAUAUUACCCACUAAGAGUGCUGCCAUCCAAAACUGCAAUUGCACCUGUUAACCCGACAUUUUUGCCAAGGUCUGAAGAUGAACGUGAGAUGUGUGCUAGGACAAUAUACUGUACGAAUAUAGAUAAGAAGAUAUCUCAAGCAGAUGUUAGACUUUUCUUUGAAUCUUUUUGUGGAGAGGUUCAGUGCCUGAGGCUCCUCGGAGACUAUCAUCAUUCAACUCGUAUUGCUUUUGUCGAGUUUGCAAUGGCUGAGAGUGCAAUCACUGCUCUGAACUGUAGUGGCGUUGUUCUGGGGUCUUUGCCCAUCAGGGUAAGCCCAUCAAAGACACCAGUGCGCCCUCGUGCUCCUAAACCAUUGAUGCGCUGAUGCUGGACGAGAAUGAACCAUCCCUCUGUGUGAUGCAAUGCCCUCUGCGAACUGAUCGAGUUGCUCAUAGAAGUAUUUAUAGAUAUCCUUACAUAAUAUAUAUAGAAAGCUGAAAACAGAACUUGGUUCAUUUUGCUCUUCCUUUUGUUGCUGCGGGUUGCAUGCAUCUCAUUCAAGCUGGUAACUUUGUGUUGGCGGGAGAUCAAUUGUUUAUUGUGGGAUGUUGAGAUGUUGUGGUCAAGUCAUAGAUAGUGGAGCUCUGGAUUGGAUUUUGAGGAUGUGAAUAGCUUUCGUCUUCCUUUCUUUAAUGGUUUGAGGAAGGUUCAACCUUGAAAGUAGUCUUUGAUUAGAUGUCAUUGUCAAAUAAUGAACAGUAGUUUGG